GGGGAAGGUUGUCAGUUGGGGACCUCAAUUAGUUAUGCUCUUCACACUUGACAGUAGUACUGACUACUGAAUAAGUAGGCAGUCUAUCUCUUAUAGUCAUAAUUCAGCCACAAUCUUUCCAUCAUCCUUCCCCUUUUUAUUCCUAUCAUAUCUUUUAAACAGUGUAUUUGACUGCCAUUUUGUUUCACCCUCACAAAACAAAACUUAUCCCCAUUUUGCGUCUACAAUGGCCAAAAUUAUACUUCUCCAUUACUUGCUCUUCAUCUUACUUUCUUCAUCACUCACGCUGUUACAAGGGUCAAGAAUUCAAGCUAUAAUUCCUCAUUCUCAAAGGGCGUAUCAGGGUGCUUUGCACUACGAGGGUGGUGCAAAAAGAUGGGUGAAAAAGAAUUCAAGAAGGUUGAUGAUAGGAUCAGUGGCUCCAACGUGCACGUACAAUGAAUGCAGAGGAUGCAAGUACAAAUGCAGAGCAGAGCAAGUUCCAGUGGAAGGGAAUGACCCAAUGAAUAGCCCUUAUCACUACAAAUGUGUUUGUCACCGCUAAUUCUAUUGUCACAACAUCAUAGCCAGCAGCCUUAAUUCCAUUCCAAGAAGAAGGGUACUUUGAAAAUUUCAUCAUUUUUACCAUUUCUGGUCUUACUGAGAGUUUCAAUACUGUUCUUUUUGAGGUUUGGGUUGCUUGAAUUUUGGUUUAUUAUAUUGUCUUCUAUAUUGUAUCAGAGAUUUUUAAAUCUGUAUUAUGCCUUUUUCUUCAAAUGGAAAAGAGAUUGAUUUUUGCA